CUAUUCAGCAUUUCUUUUUCUUAGCGUUGUCUAAAUGUAUUAUUUUUUUAGAUUUAACAAAAGUUUUUGAAGGGCAGAAUAAAAUAUAUUACUAAAAGGUAGAAUGAAAAUAAGCUUAGUAAGCAAAUUAAGGGCAUGCCAUUUCUCUCUAUUACUUAGUUGAGCACGUGGAUUUGAUAUCAUUAUUUUCUCUCAGGAAUAAGUCUUUUCGGUUACCGAUGAGGUGCUAUGGCUAAACAGAAAACAACAAAUUCAAGGACAAGUUUUUGUUAUCUUUUAUCUAACUAGAGUCACGUUUUAAAGACUUGAGAGUAAAUUCAUAAUAUCAUUGAUAGAAUACUUAUCAACCUAAUAUAUUAGUACGUCGAUAUUAUUUAUGCAUCCGAACCUUAUUGUUUAGAGCUGUUUUAGUUACGAAACCAUUUGACUUUAUCAAAAGUAAAUAUUAUAUUAUUAUUCAAAGGGAUUAUUUGGUGAAGUUGUAAAUCAUGAUGCCUGUUUUGUCAAAACAGAUCAGUAAAAUUAAUUCACAAGUACCUGUUAUGCAAUUUUGUAAAUUUUAGUCGUUCAUAAGUUUAAAUGCAACUGUUCUCUUAAAAACUAUUCAUUCUGCUUUAUAGUAUUCAUUUACAAGACAUUGCAUAUACUCGUUACCUAUCAUGAACAGAAAAAAAAAUGUUAUUUUCAACUGUCAAUUUCACUCAUUUUGUGCAUACACUAGUUUGGAUUUUUUUUGCAAUAAAAUGUUUAGUGUGAUCCAUUUUCCGUCUCGUAGAUCUCUUAUUUUGCUCUUGAUUUAUUGACUAAACAUAUUUUAGUCUAAAUAAUGAACUUGAUACGUCAGUUUAGGUUUUCUCCCUUUUUCCAUUUUGUUCUUUUUAUUACAUGACUUUGAAAUUAGAGCUGUAUCCAUUCUUAAUAUUAUUAUUACUACUUAUAUUGAUAAAGCUAUAAAAUUUGUAGGAACUAACACAUUAAAGUACCUUUUUUGUCUUAGAAAAUCAAAGUAGGACUUCAAAGGUCAUCAUCACUUACAAUAAAGUUCCUCUCCAUUGUUCGUAUUAUUUACUUUCCAAUAAGUACAAACUGUACUAAAGGCAGUUAGUAUUGUCUUGAAAUUUUCUUUUUUUUUCUCCUUUAUUUUAUCUGUGUAUGUUUAUUGUUACUUUUUAAGUAUUACGAAUGUCUCUAGGAGUAAAUCAACAUGUUAUGGUCGCCGUUCGCGUUCGGCCCACCCUCUCCAAGGGCUCUAGCCAGCAGGUGCUGGAGAAGUUCGAGCUUCAGGCGGUUCACCAAACCGGCGAUACCACCCUCAAAGUUGAACUCAGCCGUCUUGGCGAUAUUACCAAAAGUAGCAUCUUCACCUUUGACUACAUCUUUGACCAAGAAAGUACACAAUUAGAGGUUUAUGAGGAUGCGGUGGUGGAGAUGGUCGACGGCGCGCUAGUGGGUUUCAAUGCGACCGUCCUCGCAUACGGCCAGACCGGCGCCGGCAAAACCUUUACCGUCCUGGGGGAUGUCAAGCCGAAUCCUUUAGAAAAUGACCUCCUCACGAAGGAUAGCGGCCUUUUUCUCCGCGUCCUGAGUGACCUUUUUGAGUUCAAAAUCCGCCAGGCGAAGAAAGGCUGGCACGUCGUGGUGGGGCUCAGCUGCAUUGAGGUCUACUGCAAUAACAUCCGCGAUUUGUUCGGAGGCAAGGCGGAGCAGGAGGCGCCCGAGCUGAAGGCCAAGAUCAUCAACGGGAACGUCUUCUUGCCCAACCUCACCGUGAAGGAGAUGACGUCGCUGCAGGCCGUCUUUAAUGAAAUUCAGCUCGCUAUUUCCCGCCGUCAAACCCGCGUGACCGAGUCGAAUUCGGCCUCCAGUCGAAGCCACUGCAUCUUUUCGAUCGAUAUCAUCCAACAGGCGAGUUCGGCCCCCCCGCCGACGCUCGAUUUGCUUGAUCGGUUGUUAAGCCCGAAUAACGAGGACCACGGUGGGCCGCGGCGGGGGGCCCACUCGAGUGGAAGCCCCUCAUCCGAACACGGCGGCUUUCGAAGCCCCGUCAACGACGCGAACUCCUCCCUCGCCAAGUGGGAGAUGCCCUUUAAAGGGACGGUCCUUCGCGUUCCUGGGAAGAAAGAGCCGCUCUAUUGCAGCCGUAUCGUCCUCGCCGACCUCGCCGGGAGUGAGCGGCUGGACAAGAGCAAGGUGACCGGCCAAGGGCAAAAGGAGGCCACCAGCAUCAACACGAGCUUGACGGCUCUGGGAAAUGUCGUGCACAGCCUCUUUGAAGGGAGCUACGCGAACUACCGGGACUCCAAUUUGACAAUUCUGUUAAAGCCGAGUUUCGCGCAGCCCGCGUCGCGGGUGCUGCUGUUGGCCCAGUGCUCCCCGACCCAACUCACUUUCGAGGAGACCGUCAGCACGCUGCGCUUUGCGAAUAAGGUUAAGGCUCUCAAAGUGGUCACCACCUCCGGGGCCGAGGUGGAUAAGCUGCAGUUUGAUUAUAUUGAGCAGAAAAAGCAGCAUAGCGCCCUCUGCGCCGAUUUGCACAUCUUCGCCCUUGAUCAGUUCGCGAGGGUGCCGCUUAUUCGACGACGGUGUGCACAGAACUGCGGGUUCUUCUACGACGCCUCUGUCGGGACCUCCAACGGCAAGGCAAAGUCCAACGGUAAGGACCUUCGAUAUGCGGCCCUCGAGGGGAUGGGCGUGAUUUCUGUGGCGAAUAAGGAGCGUAAGGCUUUGCUAGAGAAUCAAGAGUCUGAAAAGCGAGAAAAGGCUUCUCAGACGUCAAAGGCCAUUGCAGAAGAUCGUGAUAACUUAGUGGAGGAAUUUAAGGCUACAUUCACCGAGAUCUACGAGUCCAUUCAGCGCGAAAACAAUUCCUCUAAAUCGCAUUUAACGGAAAUAAUGUCGUUGAAGUAUUCUGAGCGCGCAAGACAAAUUAUGGAUGAGGCAGAUUCCGAGCGGGCCACACUAGUAUCUAAAUUUAGGAAAAAAUAUCAUGUACUCCUGAAGAAUACCCUUUCCUACCUUUCCGAUCGUUUUGCGGCGAUUUCGUUAGAGUUAGAUAAGACUAAGUCUCCGAUAGCACCUGCCGAGGAUUCUAAACAGAUCGAACACGACAGGAAGUACGCGUUACUUGUUUGGGCGCAUUGCAUUGCUAAACGGAUUUUUUCGCAAUUGAUGGAACUGCAAGAGUCUAAGAUGAGGCUGCUGGAAUACCUUAGAGGCAAUCAUAGGCUGGAAAAGUGGCAGAGCGACACCACAAAACCUGUAGUAUGA